GUAGUUACUUGUGAAACUUAAGCUGAUCUGUUCCUUUCACUUUCUGAGUAAAGAUAUAUUUUCUGUGUUUCGCUACCUUCUAAUUGAGGAUUUGGAAUAGCGGAACCAUUACAGCCAGGGACGCCUGUGUAUCCGGGCGCAGAUAAACUCGAUGAACCACGAGAAUUGGAGUUGCAAAUCGGUUGGCGACAGGUGACCCGGAGCAAAGAUUCUGGAAGAAGACUGAAAUGAUCAGAUCAUUUAUUGUUUGUAUUUGUAUGCUGGUUGUGUCACUGCAGCAUACAGAUGGGUUAAUUAUUGAAUUCCAGUCUUCUGUCUUGAACCAGAUGCUGCAGUAUUUUAAGAAGCCUCCUGAGCCAGUUACUUUGUAUGUAAAUAUUCAUUCAAAAAAUCGAAUGCUUGCCUGUGGACCAACAGAGUUAAUGAACAACUCUUCACAGAGUAAUCUUUAUAAAUGGACCAGAGCUAAUGGAGAGGAAGUACCAGUUUCUGACUCAGUGAGUGUUUCGAACAAUGCAGAGCUUGUGUUUCACAGGUUCCUUCCAGAAUACAGUGGAGAGUAUCACUGUAACAGAGUGUACAGUCUUGGAGGUUUCAAACUUCAAAAAAAGUUCAACAGCUUUGUUGUUUAUGGUUUUCAUGAGCCAAGCUGGAAUUUGAAUACGUGGCUUGACUUUAUUUCUCAAGGCUGUGAUCAGACAUCUAAUACUGCAUUAGCACACUCUGUAUUAAAUAAACUUAAAACACUACUGUCAAGCAUUGGAUGGGAAAUUGAUGAAAAAACAACUGCCUGUAGUAUAAGCAUUAACAACACCUCCAGUCCUAAUUUGGGAAUUGUUCACAUGGAGUUUACUGUUUAUCCAAACAUAACUUGGGAAAAUGUGUGUAUAGCAGAGAGUACAGAUAAGAAAGACUGUGAUGAGGUUGCAGAAAAAAGCAUGGAAAAGGCUUAUACACAAAUGGAUGAUUUUUUCAAAAACAACAAGGAAUUUAAUGAUGAAGUUGUAGGAACAUUCAAAAUGCAGUUGAUAAAUAAUUCAGUUGCCAUUUACAAAAUUCAGCUUUGCCACCCUGGUUUUGGACAAGAUGAUGGUGUAAAAGAAUGUCAAAAUUGUUGUGAAAUUUUUGACUUUUCAUAA